AAAUACAUUUUUUAAAUUUCAUUGUUAAUAUUUAGUGUAAAAUCACGGUUUCGUGUACCUUGCUGCAAUGGCUGGUCAGGGGCAUCAGUUUCCCGGUAACUUCCCGGGAAACGCCGGCGCGAUGCGGUCCGGUUUUGGCGGCGCUCCGAUGGGGGGCCAAAUGCAACCUAUGCCCAACCAGUUAGCAGGGGUAAUGGGCGGUGGAAUGGCCAACCCAGGCAGCAUGGUGGGGAUGGGAAACCAGAUGGUGCCUCCAUAUGGGGCCGCCAUGCAGAACCAAAUGGGAGCUAUGGGUAUGGGGCCCCAGGGCAUGGGAGUGGGCGUUGGAGGUAACCCAAACCCAGGAUUAGCCCAAGCUGUGCAGCAACAAGCAAGCAUGCAGCAAGCUGUGGCGGUGCCUACAUCUGCUCCUCCAGCAACUGCCUCAGCGCCCGCACAGCCUCAGCAGAACAAGGACUUCAACACCGCUUCACUUUGCAAAUUUGGCCAAGAAACAGUACAAGAUAUAGUAAGCAGAACACAGGAUGUUUUUCAAACACUGAAAGCAAUUCAACCUCCAAAUGGCACUCAGAUCGGUGAGAACGCCAGUAACGAUAAGAAGACGAAGAUGCAGGAGCAGUUACGCACGAUACGGCUUUUGUUCAAACGUCUGCGCCUGGUGUAUGACAAAUGCAAUGAAACGUGUCAGGGUAUGGAGUACACACACAUGGAGAGCCUAAUCCCGUUGAAAGACGAGGCCGACAAUAAAACUUUGGACGAGCGGCGGAACACGGAGUCUUACCGACGUGACUUGGAGGAGAACAGGGAGCUAACGGAACAGGUGGUCCUCAAGAACAAACAGCUCAAAGAAGUCAUAACGAAUUUAAGGACUAUCAUAUGGGAAAUUAAUGUUAUGCUUACUAUGAGACGAUCUUAAACAAUUAAAAAAAAUAUUGUAAAACCAUUGAAAGUCUUUUUAGGGUUCCGUACCCAAAAGGACCCUAGGACGGUAAGACGGUAUGGUAGGAGGGAGUAGGACGGAACGGGACCCUAUUACUAAGACUUCACUGUCCGUCUGUCUGUCACCAGGCUGUAUCUCAUGAACCAUGAUACAGUUGAUAUUUUUACAGAUGAUGUAUGUAUUUCUGUUGCCGCUAUAACAACAAAUACUAAAAAGUACGGAAUCCUCGGUAGGCGAGUCCGACUCGCACUUGUCCAGUUUUUAUAUGUUAGUGAUAUUCUUGAGAUAUGAUGGACGUGUAUGUUAGAUGUAUAGAAAGUAAGGAUCCUAAGCUAAGUAAGUUUUUAAUCCUGUGAUAGUAUAUCUAGUAUAAGUAAAUAUAUCUUUGGAGUAGGGAUGUAACGAUACCGAUACGAUAUAAUCGGCAGACCGAUAUAUCGGCAUCGCCGAUUUAAAUUGAGCCGAUAUUACAGUUUGAAAAGCUCGCGAAACGAAUGACGCUGCUAAUAAUUUGAAUACACUUUGUUUCCAUAACAAAUAACCCUCCUUUUGCGUUGCCGUAGUCGGGUAAAAACUACCUACCUAUAGUGAACUAUAAUUACUGAUUUGAAUUUACUUUGCAUUAAUUGCUUGGUGGUUACCUAAAUAAAUGUUUUCUUUGAUUUUGAUUUGGCAUUUUUCUUUAUUAGUUUUACAGUUUUUCACACUUCACAAAAUCGAGUGUUUAUUAAUACAUAUGUAUGUUUUAUGCAUAAUAAGCAUAUAAUUCCUUAUUUGUUAUUUCUUUUAGCUAACUACUGUGCCAUUGAUAUCGGUAUCUGUAUCGGUAUCGCCGAUUAUUUACUUCAAAAAUCGGUAUCGGUAUCGUAUCGGCAAAAUCAUGUAUCGUUACAUCCCUACUUUGGAGAUAUCCUUCUCUCUUAUCAUUUUGGAUAAAAUAACUAAGUAUACGCGAUGAGCUUUUGGGAGGUUUACACCUUCGAUCGAAGAAUUAUUUUCCCAUUCUAAAGCAAUAAUUUUGCCACUAUUUCAAUGUAUAAUUGUUUAUGUAUCUAACUAUCUAUUUCAUUUUUUAUUGUAAAUAAAAUCCUAAGUAAAAGUGAUGUCACCUAUUGGCGUAGGUAACUAAAUUAAACAUGUAAUUGUUAGAUACAGUUAGGUACCUGUGUCGAGAAAUGUUGAUGAUUUAAUCCUAAUCUCCCUUGUAAAUAUAUUUUUUGUACCUACUUUAAUGUCUUUAUUUCAAGAAAUAAAAAACAAUUGAAAUAAAUAACUUUAUUUCUUCAAAAUUAAAAAUAAACAUAAAAUAACUUACAUAAAAAAUCGGCAAGCCGUCGGUUGUUUUGGAUCCAAAAUUUUCACGUUUAAGUACGUCUUAGGAAAUAAAUAAAGGAAAACCUUACGUAAUCUAACUUCACUCUGGGGUUUAAUAGAUCUGCUGUUUAAAGCCACAAAGUCGUAUCUCAUACAAGUU